GUGUUUUGGUGUGACCCAGAUCCAGUCAUUCUAUGCUUCUUUGUGAAGUGUCCAUGUUGAUGGGAAAACCGUUUCCUGUUAGCCACGUAGGGGGCAAUUCCGAUCGCUUGUCGUGGUACUUACUGUGAGACCUUUUGCUUGGGUUAGUUGGUGCGGAUGGUGUUACAAAGUCGAUAUGAAAAUGCUUGCAUCUACCUAUGUGUGCAUCCGACGCUCAACGAAGCAUCUUCUAUUAUGUGAUGCGGCACGCCUUGACAUAUUCGUUAUCUGAGAGUACUCCCCAUGCCCCCCUCUGCCCUUGAGUCUGCGAGGUGUAGAGGCACGCUAAACGACGUACGACAAUGGAACGCAGUCUGGCGAAUGUGCAUACUUAUAUAAUAAUUUUAAAAUCCCUUGCAGACACGUCUGAUGAUGUGGUGCAGCCUCUCACUCCACCGUCUUUUUCUCGGGCCUCGAAUCGAGCAUGUAAAUCCCCUAGGCCACGUGCACGGUGCUGUUCAUGGUUGCCUGUCUCAAAGUGGCCAACCGGCAGGUUGUUUUUCUGGUGUUGCCUUAAUCUGCCCCGUGUUUUUGCUUCAGUUCGUGUCUGUCUUUUCGCGUCCUUCCCCACCGGCAGCUUUCUUCCUUCUUCUCUAUUAUGCAGCCGUCUUCGUCAUAUGCUUGGUUGUCUGGGAUUUUGCGGGUCCUUGACCAUGUAGUCACUGCUGCCCUAUUCAUGAUUUUGAGAACAUCUGGCUCUCGAACACGGCGAGAGGUUCCCUUCUUUCUUCUUUCAUUUUAGUUGAGUACCUUUCCGAGUUCAAGGGAAAACUUUUUAUCAUAUGUCGUGGAAUGGGUGUGUGCUCGCGGUGCAACAGGCAACAAGGAACCAUGCCGAAAGAAUGAGACACAUUAAUAUUCGCCCUACAGUGUACUCAAGCAGAAAGCUGAUGACCGGCUAAGACGCUUUUUCGUCCGUGUGUGUGCUCUUCAGCUUCCCCUGGUGGCUUCCCUUUCUCCGUAUGUCUCACGCUAAAAUCGCUGCAUUCGUCCGUCAACUCUCGGGAUUGCGCUCAGGUUGUCCAUGGUCCUCCAGUCGUCAGACACGUGUCCGAAAUCUUUGUAUCUUCCCCUCCCAUAUUCUCUGUGCUUUGUGCUGUCCAUCCCCUAUGCUUUUGGUUUCCCUCUCGCUUCUGGUGGAUAAACCCUUCUCGUUCUACGUUUUGUCUUUGUCCCCACAAGUAGCGUCGAUCACGUACUGGAGAUGAGCACCGUGAUGAUCGCCUUUCUGACCAGGCAAGACUAUAGGAGCUAGCGCCUUCCUUGAGGAGAACAAAUUCAUCGUAACUGUCGCUUCCUGAUUUUUGUCCGGAAGCGGAUCCUUUUUUCGGAGGGCUAUCAAGAAAGGGUGGAAGGAUUCAUCAUGUUUUUUCCAGGAAGGACCGAUGCUGGUCUGUAUGCGUUGUUUUUUGCACAUUCCCGUUCCUUACUGUUUAAUUUGUGAGAUUGUGGCUGUGACGAAAAACUAACAAUCUCGGUCUCAACCCUUCACUCUUGACGUCUCGGAAACUAGCCUGGAGCUGGCGAAUGAAGAUGCUCUUUUUCUUCGGUCUUCGACCGGUCUGUCAGUUUCCCUGUCCCUUGGGCGUUCCACAUUCUCCAUUGUCAGCCUUGUGUUAAUAGGAAAAAAAUAAGUUCCUUAUCGUUCGCUGAACGUCUUCCCCUGUUGUCUACAUUUUCCCGCAUGCUUCAUCUCACUUCCCUGGGUGUCUGUCUCCCCCGUUCUUUCUGCCCGUGUUACGUUUUAUUUUGCCGUUCCACCUUUCGUUCCUCCUUUUCUUAGCCGAGGGCCCUUGCUCGUCAACAUCACAGAUAGCGAUGGAUACCGAACAUGAUUGGUAGUUUCUCGCAUACUGUGCAGUCGUAACGGUAAAACCAUCGAAAGCGGUGGCAUGUUGGUGUAUUGAGGUCUUCCAUUAUCACAUCGCCAUCUACGGGGCUUCAUGCCAACUCAUUGCAUCAUGGCGCGCACACCUGGAACGAGCGCUUCGUCUUCACGAACCGCUGUCCUUGUAGGACGUCUUCUUCGCCCACUGGUGGUAUGCAUCUUUCUUCUGUCUUAUCUGCUCUUUCUCCAUGGAAUCCUUUUUCCAGUCGUCGACAUCCAAUCUGGGUUCGCGGUUUUUCCAGGCUCAGAGAUUGCUGAACAAACCAUGGCAAUGCCUCAGACGCUUCAGAGUCUGUGGGAUGACCAGAACUACAUCCCGCUUUUCCUCGUCGCGAUAUUUUCACUCUUCGUCCCGUGUCUGAAGCUGGUACUUUUCUGCAUUGUUGUCAGAUUCGGCCCUCCGGGUGAGACCGUCCCCGAAUACGAACGAAUGACAAACGAGGAAAGAGAAUGUGAAAAAACAGACGGAAUAGAAGAGAGAAUGCUACGUCCACGGGAGACUGGGGAAGACGGGGGACCAGAACUGCCCACUGGCGACCUCGGAGGCCUGCAGCAGCAUCGCGACUGGGAGGGGAGGGAAAGGCACAGAGUAGAACAAGAGGAAAGAGGAGAUGAAGGAGAAACCGAAAUACUUUGUCACUCCCAACAGGGCAAGCGAGGGAGUGACAGUCGCACUACCGUUUCUGCAGGUACCCUGUCGGAUCUCGAUUGUCCUUCGUCAACGCUGUCUUCUUCACAGUCUGAAAUGACCUCGUCGACGUCUUCUGAAAAGAAUAACGAGGGGUUGAAGUGGGUGCGACAGUCGCGAGAAGACGGUAUCGAGCCUCACCCUACGGAUGACCGUACGAAAGUGUGCCGCUCGAUUAUGGGUUUCCUUCUGUUUGUUUCUAAAUAUCAGCUGGUUGAUGUGUACGUUUACCUUUUCAUGAUUCUUUUUGUCCACUUUCCAUUGGUGCGUGCGUCACCCCUGCCAGCCGCUUUCUCCUUCCUGUUCUAUUGUCUCCUGUCGAUCGUUGCGACCGAGUGUCUGACCUGGAUCUUUACCGCCUUCCCCAUAUGUACACGAGCCAAGACACAGCCUCGGGGUGAAGGCGCUCGAUCUCUUCUUUCUCUGCAGACGGUGCAGCCAGGUUUGAAGGAGGAAGGGAGAAAGUCACGAGGGGAAAGAAUUACAGGUGCUUCCAUUUGGAAACAACAGCAAGCCGACGAGGACGUGGACGGGGACAAGCAGAACGGCAAACACGGAGGACAGACACACACGACAGAUCGAAGCGGGGUGCGAAGAAGCGGAACUGAGGAAGGUGCAAAACAAACCUGCGCUGGCGAGAUUCCGUCUCUUUGUCUCGCCUUCUCGUGCUCGGAUUUGCCUUCUUCCUUAGGUGAACAGCCUCGCACCUUGUCCCGAGUUGCUCUUACAAAAGGAGAAAACGAUGAAAGGAAGGGGGAAGGUACAGGCAGGUUUUUCUUUGAUGCUUGUCGGCACACAAACUGUGAAGUGGCGUCUCAUCGUGGUGAUUCCCGAUACUGUUACCCAGCCCCAUCUGUCCGUCUCCCGUUGCCCAACACAUCAGCGAAACGAGAGACAGUGUCUCUUCCCGCACUUGCGUCAGUCGCGCCAGCGGUUUCGCAUCUGAGGUUUUCAGAACCGGCAGUAGCCGAUGUUGGCGUCUGCGAAUGCUUUAUUCGAACUUUGGCGAUCUUACUUUUUACGGUGGUUGCAACCGUAAGUGCCCGCGCUGCCUGGUGUCUGCCGCUCCUGCAUGUCGUAGUGACUCUGGGUGACGAGAAGGAAAUCGGCAUCGAUGGAACCUUUCUUUCCCUCUCGCAGCUGGCUGAAGAAUCGCUGUGGCUCGGCGAGUCAAUCUCAGGCUUCGUUAUUCUGAUUCUGUUUCCGCUGCUUCUCGUCUUUGCCCAUCUUCUGUCGUCGUGUCUCGCAAUGUUCCUUGUCCUAGUGCUCCGCCUUCUCCAUCCAGAACCCUGGUAUCGACGACCGAGAGGAACUACGCGGUCGCUUUUCAACCGGUGGUGCUGGACCUUAGGACUCCCGGUGUUGCUGAAACACCUUCUCUCCUUCCUCCUUUCGAUUUCUCAGCUCCUCAGUUGUUGGGCGAUGGCUGAUGUCUUCGCCAUCGGCCUCUUCACUGCUUAUUUCACCAUCAAUGCCGUUCACGUUCUCGUGGCGCACAUUCCGUCGGCCUCACCGUCCACGCCUGAGUUCGCCGAUACCUUUUCUUGUCUAUCGCCAUUUCUAUCUGCUUGUCAUACGGCCGCUUUGCUCCAUCCUCUGGAUGCCGCUCUGCCCGCCCGGUCCGGGUUCUGGGGUGCCAUGAUCUUCGGCGCCUCAGCAUCGCAGCUACACCUCCUGCUUCCGUCUCGGGCGCGUAUCGACAGAGUCGUCAGCAUCGCUCAGAGAACAGUCAAGGAAGAGGACCAGACACGGUUCCUCUACGAGGAUACGGAAGAUGCAGGAGAAAGAGGGAAGUUUCUGUAUCGAUGUAGCGAGGAAUCGUCAAAGGAAAGGCAACGCAAGGGUAUGUUAGCCUCGUGUCUGGAGUCGACGCCUAGACAAUUUUGCAGUGCGUCUGCUUCCCAUUCCUAUUCUGCCCCAUCUUUUCUUUCAGCGAUUGACAAUGCGUCGUCCUCAGAGACCGAUUCCAUACAUCCGCUCGACCCCUCGCCAUCGUCGUCUUUUUGUGGAGUCUCUGCCUCUGGCUACCUUACGCUUCCUGUCUCCCCAAGUCAGGGCGGCGAAGGCGGGGGAGGUGGCUUUUCGAGAUCCUUCUUCCGCGGCACAGGUCUUUGCAAACGACGGCGGACAGGAUUCAGCGCUGGGAGGAGGGCGAGAGAAGCGAGUCUUUCCUGGUCAAAAUUUGAGGAAGAAACGCCGCAGAUGUCUCGGCUUGCAGUCCCUCUGCUCACUGCAGAGCCUGCCGUGCUGGAGUUUUCAGACAGCGCGUCUCGUUCGGAAUCUGUCGUUCUCAGUGGGUUUGUUCCGGAAGGAGCGAAAAACAGUAGUGUGUCGCUUCCUUUCAUAGAUGCAUCAGACACACAAACAGUGCCCCAUGAGAAGUCCGACAUAGAACAAGCAGAGCCUCUCUCAUUCGUUGGAUUGUCAGAGGCAAAAACAAACGGUAGAGAGACAUGCUGCCCUCCGGGACUGCGGACAGGACCCCAUGGGACAUCGACUGUACAAAACUGGCGUUCUGCGCGGCGGAUGGGGCAUGAUGAGUGCGACGAAGAAACCAGGAUAGCGGAAGGGAAUAGAGCGGUCGAAGAAGCCGGAUUUGUCAGCUGUGCUCGAGACGUUGAGCAUGAACAACCAGGAGGAAAGGACGACCAGGCUGCGUCCUUUGGUUGGCAGAGGAACGAAUCUCACCCGUGGAUGUGUAGACGAAACAUAUAUGCGCGUGCAGUGGGGUCCAAGCAAAUUCCUUCUCUCACAUCUUCUCUCAUUGCCCCUCAGCCGUCCUCAUCACCCGUUUGUCGCGUCCCGACCGACCAUACGACACCGGGAACUCGGCAAUCGAAUCGUGAGACAGCAUAUUUUGCCGUAAUCAGGAGAAACAAACAGGCAGGUGACAAGCCGAGACAUCUCCUCCGCCUCCUCCUCCAGGUGCUCGUGCGCCUUGGUAUUGUUGUGGCGCUUUCCGUUGCUCUCGUCACGUGGCCAAUCGAGCCACCAAGGCUUCUGGAUCUCGAUAAAGUUAACGCAAAAGUGGUUUUUUACUACCCGAUGAUUUCGCGAGGAGUCCGACCUUUGAUUCCAGCAUCCGUAGGCGACUGUACAGCAGAGAGUCCAGAGCCCCCACCGGAGCCUUGCGUUGGUCACAGCAUUCUGUAUCACUACCAAAACGCUUACUACGAGGCCACAGCCAGAUGGGUUUCUGGAGUCAAUACAACUGAGAUCGAGGAGAUUCGCGUGAGCAGCCGAGAUAAAGCGCAUCGCGCGACAUUCACGUGGGAAACGGGGGAAAGAGUUGAAAAGCUGGAUGACAGAAAUCCUGCCAGAGAGGAAAAAGACGACCCACUCUGGAUAGCAGUUGACGUAAGCGGCCGAAUCGCCGAGCUGAAUCUGUCCCUCCGUAUUGGCCAGUGCCUGACUCCCGAUUCGUGGAGGUCACCUACGUGCGAUACACUGUGGGACAACACGACAAGCUGCUGCGGAAAAAACAUCACCUUCGCAGCUCGGCUUGAGGCGCGAUGCACCGAAACGCCUCCGACCUACCUCUCGGCUUUCAGUAUCACGGAUUUCCGUGUCUCUUCUCUAACCAUAAAUGAAUCCGUUCUCGGCCUGUUCAGUGUCACAGUGGCGAAUAUCACAGACGCUGUCGAACAGGAGCUGAAACGCCAGAUUCAAACAUACCUGGAACCAGACAACAAGUUCAUCCCUUGGGACAAAGACACCAAGGUUUCUUUGCAAGCGCUUGUUAAUCAUCUGACCGUGGUCAACGCUCCAGGGGGCCUCCUCUGCAGACCCCCUCAAGCGACGUCGGGUAGUCGUUUAAACGCGCAUGUGAAGCACGGGAAUGUGUCAAACGCAGAUGCUCACGACGAGUUCUGACUUCACAGCGACGGAACCUGCACGGCGCUGUCGGUGCAGUGAAACGCAUUCACUCGUCUCUGAGCUUUUCAACACAACUGGUCAGGAGCGAAUGCAUUCCGUGCCGUCCGAUCCGUCAUCCAAGAGGAUACACACCUGCAUUAAGAGAUGUGUACCGGUCGUUUAUCGCACUGAGGAAAGGAUUUCGGCCUGCAGGUGUCUUCACUCGGUUCCGUUCACCACAUGAGCGGACCGUCUGUCGAGGCAAGUUGGAAAGACGGAGUGCACCGCCUGUAGCACUGGCGGUGAGGGACGCUCUGCGUUGUAUUCGCACGACUUUUUUGUCAUUGUACCCAGGAUUGUUUUAGCUGCGCCCUCACGUUUUUUAUGACAUAUCGGCUUCUGACUUGCCCCACUAGGCAACUGUUUCAGAGUCAUUUCAGCUGGCGAGUUACCCCUAAAAUCUGUGGAUGGCCGAACUCCGCGUCGCAGGUUUUUUUUGCAUCUGUGCGUGCCUUCUCCCUCUUUCGUUCCUUCUGUCGGUCUUUUCCUCUUGACGUCUCGGCAGGUCUGUAGGUAGUUGUAUGCGGGAUAUUCUGUGAGUAACGGUGUCUCGUAAUAUCGACGCUAUACCGCCAGCUACAAGGUGUCUCGCCUUGCCUCGUUGUUUUCAGUCUCUUUUUCUUAUUUGCUGAUUUCUUCAGUAUCUGUCCCCUCUGUCAGAGCCUGCGGUCCAUCUUUUGCGAGGGAAUGAUAAUAGCGGAGUUAUUUUCGAAUUGUGGAAAUUUCUUGCUCCGCUGGUUUCCAUGUUCUCGAGCUCGUCCUUUUUGACCUGCAGAGGGUAGCUUCACCUUGUUCAAAGAAACGCUUGUAAUUUUAAGCAUGUUUUAAAAUAUGACAGUUUUCCAGUAUGUAGCAGGUAUAAGAGGAGAGAGAAGCGGGACUACGUUGAGCUAUACAAACAGGAAUGCUUACUUCCUGCUGCAACUGAAUCUGUUUAUUCGUCUCAAGACAGAAGGAAUCGCUUUCGCUCAGAAAAAGAAUAAAAACUUGUGUGAAGCCAUGGCACUGCAGGGGUGGCAAAUGCGAAAUAUGUAAUUGAUGUGUUAACCGGAGAAGCUAGACCUGUUUCACAGGAGGUGCCAGCAGCUGAUUUUAGAGAAAUUUGGUGUGACACGGUACAUUCUCAACAGCAAAUUUCGUUCGCGUGAUGAUGUCACCUCGAAGUAAAGAACCACUUCUUCACCUUCCGGUUCGUGUAAGAGGCAGUGCCUGGUUUAUAUGGAAUUAGGUGCACAGCAUGCUGAGUUGUCCGGUUAAUCGUUUCGGCACCUCUUAUCGACAAUUUGUCACUAGGAGUAUGGACGCGCUGGUAGCAUAUUGUCAGAAGGUGAAGAGGUGCCAGUAACCCUGUAAGUACUUCUGAAAACCAGAUGAAUUAGACUAGGUUCUUAUGGCAUGGACCAAGAAUCUGGUUUACUGAAUUGUAAAGAUUCCUUGUGCUACGACCGCCACUGCUCGGAAACUGCCUCCCAACUGUUGAAAAGCUGACCAGGCUCGCCGAACAUGCAUGAUGAAAGUAAAACAUCUCUGGC